UUUGCAGGGUACAAAUUUCUUGAUUUUCCAAACUCUAGAGGAUGAUUACUCCCUUCCUCCAUUGCCAAAGCUCUCUCCUAUGCAGUGUAUAUAUAUAGACACACACUCACCACCUCUAGCUGUGUCAGCUAAUCCCUGCAGCACCCUUAUGAAUUAAUCAACUCAAGAGAAAUUCCCUUCAAUUCCACCCUACUCUAAUUAUGACUGAACCUUACUACAAUUUCUGGUUCAACUUCAGUUCCCCUCUCCACUCAGAUUACUAUUCCUCCUCCACUUCUCCUUCUCCUUCUUCUUCUUCUUCAAACCCUCAUACCACCAAUCUUGCAUCCUCAUCUUCAUCACCAGAAGCCCUCCCUCUCCUCAACACCCUCAACUCCUCACAAGAAUCAUGCAAUCUUCACCCCAUCAAGCCCGAGAAACAUUUCAAUUUCGACCAAAGUGUGACGGUAGCCCUACAGCUAGGGCUCCCUAGCCCUAAUUCUGGAGAAGCUCCGGAGAAAGACAUACUCUCAGGGCUGCCCUUGAAUGGGCUAAACACGGGGCAGUACUGGAUUCCCACCCCUUCCCAAAUCCUCAUCGGUCCUACACAGUUUUCAUGUCACCUUUGUUGCAAGACUUUUAACAGAUACAACAAUCUCCAGAUGCACAUGUGGGGCCACGGAUCGCAGUACAGAAAGGGUCCGGAGUCCCUACGAGGCACGCAGCCGACAGCGAUGCUGCGGCUGCCGUGCUACUGCUGCGCAGCGGGGUGCAAGCACAACGUGGAGCACCCGUGCGCGCGGCCCCUGAAGGACUUCCGGACCCUCCAAACGCACUACAAGCGGAAGCACGGGGCGAAGCCCUUCAUGUGCUGGAAGUGCGCCAAGGCCUUCGCCGUGAAGGGCGACUGGCGCACGCACGAGAAGAACUGCGGCAAGAUCUGGUACUGCUUCUGCGGCUCCGACUUCAAGCACAAGAGGUCGCUCAAGGAUCACACCAAGGCCUUCGGCCGCGGCCAUGGCGUUGCCGCCGACGACGAGGAUGACUCCUCCUCCGAGAUUGAGCAGGCUGGGGAUGAUCAAUCUUCUCCCAACACCCACUUUUAGUUUUUUUUUUAUUAAUUUUAAUUGUUGUGUGUUUAAAGGUUUUCUGUUUAAAUAAGAUUAUAAGAAAUGUGCUGCGUUUUUUAGGUUUA